UUUCAAUUUGGUUUAGUAAAUUGGCUCAAUCACCGCUUCCUUUCCUGCAUUGGUCAAUUUAAACGGCUUCCGGCCCGUUUUCCUUUGUCCGUGCCGAAUCGUUGGCAACAAUUGUUUUACAUAUUUAAUCAACUAGAUUAAAUAAUCGAUAAACCUCGAGUAGAAGGGAUUGGCCUUCGAGCACAACUGUCGUAUUGGUGGAAACGUGGACAUUUAUUAAAAAAGGAGGUCGACACUUCUUUAAAAAUAUUACAUAUCGGUCUCAUUCAGUAUUUUUUAAGAUGAGUACGUUCGUUUGUGUCAUCAUCGCAACUUUUCUCACGUGCAUAUCAUGCUCGGACAGGCCUAUAGUUGGGAUAUUGGCACAGGAAAGUGUCUACGAAGGGAAAAAUGUUUCGAUGAUACCAGGAUCUUACGUCCUCAUGAUGGAAGGAUCUGGAACGAGGGUUGUGCCGAUAUUUAUCAAUCAAAACCAAUCUUAUUAUGAUAAGAUUCUCUCUUCGAUUAACGGGGUCGUGUUUCCCGGCGGAAACUUGGACCUGUUGCAGAACGGAGGCAUGGUUAAAGCCGCGAACCUCAUCUACGAUUAUGCCAGGAAGGCAAACCAGAAGGAAAACGUCUUUCCGAUUUUGGGAGUCUGUCAGGGACUGGAGCUCCUCGCUUAUUUAUCCAGCAACAAAUUAUGGCCUCUGAAACCUUGCAAAGGUAUGAUGAACGUCGACCUUCCUCUCGAGUUCGUCGUCGACUACGCGACCACAUCGCUAUUCAAAAAUGCCAAAAAAGAAGAUAUUUACACCUUCAUCCAUAAGAAUUCAACAGUGAACCAUCACAGUUGGUGUUUGACGAGAAAUUCGAUGAAAAAGUUUGGCCUCGAUAAACAUUGGCGAACCCUUACUGUCAACAAGGAUUCCGAUGGUAUGGAGUUCAUCUCCACAUUCGAAUCAUUCAGUUAUCCAUUUGCUGGACUCCAGUUUCACCCGGAAAAAUGCGCCUACGAAUGGGGCCUUGGUCAGAACAACAUGCAUACCAUGGAUGCGAUAAGUGCAAACAGGGUUUUCUACGACUGGCUUGCUGCCAAAGCUAGGGAAUCGAAGAACCAUUUUGAAACAGUCAAAGACGAAAUGGAAGCUUCAAUUUUCAACUACGUACCGACAUUUACCGGGAAAAAUGGUGGAUACAGCCAGUUACUUUAUAUUUUUCAUUAAAAUAAAAGUUACUGUCUAAUUUGUAUAAAUC